AUGGCGUUACUGAUGGGAAGGAUCUGCCGAUUAGAGUGGAGAAGACGGUACUUGAGUUGGAUCCGUGCUCUAUCAUUUAUCGUCCGCCAUCGAGGUGAGAAAUCGGGAGUCGUCGGCGACUUCAGGCGGCUUGUGGUGGACAUCAACAACUUCAGACGGCGUGCACCGAAGAUGAUGCGCCCAUUUUUAAACCUACAAGAAAGUCUCAGGCUUCGCUUGACUUCCGAGGGCUUGUGGUCGGAAAAACCGUGUCUUGGAACAUGGCCACUAUCGCACACGAAGCAAGCGCGCCUAUCUUGGCUGAGGGCUGCAGCCAGAGUGUGCCUGCCUCGUCGUGAAUGGCCUGGUGCUCUUGGUACUCACCGGAAUUUGGUGCAUCUCGGGUGUCCUCGAAUCUCCUCGCCUGAAAUUGGGUUUUUUGGUGCUCGUGGAUCGCCGGCUCGCACGACUUGCUCGUUGCCGAAAAAUUGGUGGCCUCCUUCUUGUCGAGGAAGAUGA